AUGAAAACAUACGGGAGACCGACAUGGCGCGUUUAUGACGAUGAGCGGGCCGCGAAGAAACGACGCGUCCUAGAUGAGUCCGACGAGGCAGAGACAAAUCUCCAGAGUGCGAUUCGUGAAUCGUCUGCCGCUGUUCUGUCCAGUCCCUCACGCCGCAAUUCAGUGGUUCCAUCCGAAGGCACCCUGGACGAUAUCGACGAUCUCACCACGCCACCAUCCUCGCCGCCACCGCGAUUGACUCCCCCACCAGCAAACACCCGCAAGCCCACCUUCGCCUUUCUCAAGCGCAAGCACAAGGACGCGUCCGCCGCGUCUCCUCUAACAGAGGUCAACUCUAACAGCGUGCGCUCUUCUGCCGACCCGCCCAAGAACAAAGCGCAGAAACCAGCGAUGCGACAGAUGCAGAUUGAUUUAGGGAAUGAGGUGCGCAAGACCUGUACGACAUGUGGCAUGGAAUAUAUCCCUUCCAAUUCCGAGGAUGCUGCCCUGCAUAAAAAGUUCCAUGAAAUGAAUUCGACCGGUGUGGAUCUGGGCAAGGCAUUCAUGCGCGCGAAUGCCUCGCGCUGGGUCUACGAAGCGACACGCUUCGACGAGGGCUACGUGGUGAUCGUGGACCGCAAGGCAUCACCCAGUGCCAAGAAUCAAGCGAAGAGGGUGCUUGAGGUGGUCAACAAGGAAUUAUCAUCUCCAGAGAUCGACGACGAGCUGCUCUGGGGCCAAACAGAGCCUCCGAAGGAUAAGAAGGCAGACGGCGAGGACAAGGUGGACCGAUACCGAGUUUUCCUCCAUAUGAAAGACAGCCGAUGUGUUGGGCUCUGUUUGACAGAGCGCAUCUGGGAAUCCCGACCGGUCGCACAGGAGGACCCGAACGGGAAUAAUUCGUCCGUGUCGGUGCGCGACGAGGUGCACCCGGCCAUUGUCGGCGUCUCGCGCAUCUGGACUUCGGGUGCGUCGCGCCGGAAGGGCAUUGCCCUGGAUCUCCUGGACUGCGUGGUGAGCAACUACAUCUACGGCAUGGAGAUCCCAAAAAACCAGAUCGCAUUUAGCCAGCCUACGGAGAGCGGUAAGCGGUUGGCGCAGAAGUUCUUCGAGGAGAAUGAGACGUGGCAUGUGUAUAACGAGAGGUGA